AUGAUGCGGCUAAUUAAAAUUAUUUUAUGCUGCUGUUGCGUAUUUAGUGGUCACUUUUCAAAUGGAAGCAGCAUUCACAGUUCAGAAAUCAAAUCACACCUCAUCAAUCAUACGAUGGAAUUGAUUGAUAAAGGUUUUGCAAAUAAUUCGAAUCCACUGAUCAUAUCUUCUGACUUAGUUGAUGACCAAGUGGCAAGUGAGAAUGUCGAUUCUGGAAAACCGCUGAUCGUUAUAAAUAGUGAUCAGAAACGGAAGCAAAUCGAAGGAUAUCUUCCCAGCCAUCCUACGUACAUCCUCAGAUACGAAUCUCUGCCGAAACUGACAUCACUCAUCUUUGGGUUCAUGCGCUCAUCAACCUGCAACAUAAAGUCGCCAAUUUUCCUUCUCGACGUUUCUGAAGGGACGCAUGAUAUGGACGCUAGUAUAGCUCUUGGAUUCCUUGCAAGCCUCGAUAUUUUAAUAUCCUACUAUGUAUCUUAUGAUGACAAAAAAGAUUCAACAAUGGUCUACACUCUGAACCCUUACACACAAUACGCUCCGUCACCUUGGAAUCAAGUUAAAUUUGCAAAUGCCAAGAGCAAUAGUAAAACAAAAGCGACACUAUACAAUUUGCAGUAUCCGAAAGAUUUGAAUUACAACUGUAAAAAUAUUCAUUUUGAUAAAACGGAGCACUUGGAAGGUCAUGAAAUAAAAUUAAUGGCCUCUACUAUCCAAAAAAAUUUAUCCGAAGAGUACACGCAGAGAAAUAUUAUUGAGUACAUGGAAUAUUUAAAAAAAUUCAAAGAUAACGGAUUGAAUUCAUUACCUGAUUAUAUGAACGUAACAACGUCAAUUCAAAUCCUCGAAAACAAUUUCAAAGGAAAAAAUAUAAAAUACGGUUUUGACGGAAAACUUGUCAAUCGUCAGUAUGAUGCGAGAAACCUCAUGACCCAAUUAGCUGAUACAAAUCCUAAAUUAACUGAUUUUGUGACGGAGUAUCGUGAAUGGUAUUAUUCAAUUUUGACGAAGAAAACAGAUUAUUUGUUGGCAAACACCGAAAUCGACAUAAAUCUUUGGUUCAUCUUAAUAACACUCUUUGUGUUGAUGUUGAUUGCAAUGGUCAUAAUCAUAAACAACAAAUUUAACGUGAGCGAAGGAAUAAUGGACAUUGUGAGCAUGUCACUGAGCAUGGGGAUAAUGUCUUCAAUGGGACGUCUUUCGAUGAGGAUCAUUUAUUUUUUCGGAUUUUUAUUUAUUUUUGUGGUAAUGCCCGAAUUCCAAGGACAAAUCUCGGCCAUCCUAUCCCAACCUGCAAGACGCAAUGUCGAAACACUAAAGGAUUUGUUCGACAACCAGUAUCAUGUGUACUACGACGGAUUAUUAGAGAAUGACAUGAUAAUUGAAAAAUUGUGGGUGACCGAAGAGGACCAGAAAUACUUGCAUCCAUCGCGUCAUUCUGAUCUGAACAAAUGUAUGAAAGAAGCCCAACAAAAUCCGACCAUUGCUUGUAUUGACUCGACUAAAAACCAACUCCGCUACGCCUUAAAGCUUCAAAAUCUCUAUGUAUCAAAGGAAAUCACGUUCAAGAAAUAUUUUGUGUUUUGGACAAAGAAGAACUGGGCACUGAAGGACAAAAUUGAUAAAGUUCGUUCAAUACCGGUAGAAACAGGAUUAAUUUACCAUUACAAUGAAGAGAUAAUAAAAAACUUAUGGAAAAGAAAAGAGAAGAUGGAGAAAAUUAAAGAAAAUGAAAACUAUGAACGGAUUGACUUUGAUAACUUGGUGUUUUAUUUCAUUAUGUUUGCGGCUACUUUGCUGUGGAGUUUGAUCAUUUUUGAAAUUGAACUCAUUGUUCACUAUUAUCACUCUAAAUAUCAAAGACAGGAAAAGGAGCGACGACAGUUUAUUAAGAGAUUGAGAGCACAACCACGGAUUAUUUUACCCCAGAUGGAAUUGAUUGAUAAAGGAUUUGCAAAUAAUUCGAAUCCACUGAUCAUAUCUUCUGACUUAGUUGAUGACCAAGUGGCAAGUGAGAAUGUCGAUUCUGGAAAACCGCUGAUCGUUAUAAAUAGUGAUCAGAAACGAAAGCAAAUCGAAAGAUAUCUUCCCAGCCAUCCUACGUACAUCCUCAGAUACGAAUCUCUGUCGAAACUGGUAUCACUCAUCUUUGGGUUCAUGCGCUCAUCAACCUGCAACAUAAAGUCGCCAAUUUUCCUUCUCGACGUUUCUGAAGGGACGCAUGAUAUGGACGCUAGUAUAGCUCUUGGAUUCCUUGCAAGCCUCGAUAUUUUAAUAUCCUACUAUGUAUCUUAUGAUGACAAAAAAGAUUCAACAAUGGUCUACACUCUGAACCCUUACACACAAUACGCUCCGUCACCUUGGAAUCAAGUUAAAUUUGCAAAUGCCAAGAGCAAUAGUAAAACAAAAGCGACACUAUACAGUUUGCAGAAUCCGAGAGAUUUGAAGAACAACUAUAAAAAUAUUUAUUUUGAUAAAACUCAGCACUUAGAUGGUCAUCAAAUAAAACUAAUCGUCCCUGUUAUUGAAAAUUAUUUACCCAAACAAGACAAGCAGAGAAAUAUUAUUAAGUACAUGAAAUUCACUGAAAAGUUCAAGGACGUCGAUCUGAACUCAAUAUCUGAUUAUAUGAAUGUAACUGCAUUGACUCAAAUUGCUGAAAUGAAUACCGAUAUAAAAGUAUUGAAAUACGGUUAUGAUGAAAAACUUUUCAAUCGUCAGUAUGAUGCGAUUAACGCCAUGAACCAACUAGCUGAUACAAAUCUUAGCUUGACUGAUUUUGUGACAGAGUAUCAUGAAAUGCACUUUUCAAUCCUAACGAAGAAAACAGAUUAUUUGACUGGUAGUCACCGAAAUCCCCAUUGAUCUUCCGUUCAUUUUUAUCACACUCUUUGUGUUGUUCUUGAUUGCAGUAAUCAUAACCAUGAGCAAUAAAUUUAACGUGAGCGAAGGAAUCAUGGAUAUUGUGAGCAUGUUACUGAACAUGGGGAUAAUAUCUCCAAUGGGACGUCUCUCAAUGCGGAUCAUUUAUUUCUUUGGAUUUUUAUUCAUUUUUGUGGUGAUGCCCGAAUUCCAAGGACAAAUCUCGGUCAUUCUACCCCAACCUGCAAGACGCAAUGUCGAAACUCUAAAGGAUUUGUUCGACAACCAGUAUCAUGUGUACUACGACGGAUUAUUAGAGAAUGACAUGAUAAAUGAAAAAUUGUGGGUGACCGAAGAAGACCAGAAAUACUUGCAUCCAUCGGGUCAUUCUGAUCUGAACAAAUGUAUGAAAGAAGCCCAAAAAAAUUCGACCAUUGCUUGUAUUGACAUGACUGUAAGACAACUCCUCAACGCUUUAAAGCUUCAAAAUCUCUACGUAUCAAAGGAAAUUACGUUCAAGAAAUAUUUUGUGUUUUGGACAAAGAGGAACUGGGCGCUGAAGGACAAAAUUGAUAAAAUUCGUUCAAUACCGGUGGAAACAGGAUUAAUUUACCAUUACGAUGAAAAGAUAACGAAAAACCUAUGGAAAAGAAAAGAGAAGAUGGAGAAAAUUAAAAAAGCUGAAAACUAUGAACGGAUCGACUUUGAUAACUUGGUGUUUUAUUAAUUGUAUUUGCGGCUACUUUGCUGUGGAGUUUGGUCAUUUUUGGAAUUGAGCUUAUUGUCUACCACAGUCACUCUAAAUAUAGAAGACAGGAAAAGGAGCGACGACAGUUCAUCAAGAGAUUGAGAGCACAACCACGGAUAAUUUUUUUCCCAGGUCGGAUUG